UUGUAUUUGGAAUCCCAAGCGAAGAGUGGUAUUCGGUGCCGGUGUUUGCUGCGCUAUGCCGAAUAAGAAGGCGUCCCGGAACGCUUACUUUUAUUUCGCGUUGGAUAUGAUUCCGGAGCUGAGGCGCCGCGGGCUGGAGGUGUCUGGGGUGCGGGAGGCGAUACCACAUUGCUCCGAAUACUGGGCGUUGUUAUCGGUCGAAGAAAAGGAAAAAUAUUCAGAAAAGGCACGGGGAUAUAAAGGCAAAUCGGUGGAGCCGACACUUCCACGUAACUACCCUGACAACUGGGGCCAAAGAGAGGAGCCGAGGAAAGAGACAUUGUAUGCUCAAGGAGACGGUGCACAAGUUGUGUCAUUGUAUAAGCAAAAUAAAGGGAUGGACCAAAAUGUGUUUUACUUCCUGGACAUAUUCAGUCACGGAGAGAUGCCGGCCAUGUGUGAGCAGAGGUUUGUUCCUUGUGAGAUUGGCUGCGUGAGAUAUUCUCUGCGCGAUGGCAUCAUGGGCAGCUUCCACGAGUUCAUAGAUCCUGGAGAGCUGCCACGUGGGUUCCGCUAUCAUUGUCAGAACGGAAGUGCAGCAACUCAUCAGAUUCCCAUCUCUGGAUUUGAGCUCGCUAAUAAUGACUACCAUAACAUGUUUCGUGGCCUCUGUGAUUUUGUUAGUCCGGCCCCUGCCAUGAAGGCACCCGUAUUUUGCAAGGCAAACGAUGCGUACCGAAUUAAAUGGUGUCUACAGUGGCUGGCUAAGAAGGCAGGGAUGGAUAAUAAAUUUGAGCUGAAUGAAGUAGAAAGUUUAAUUAUGAAACUUUAUAAGGAAAAGCUUGAAGAGCCGUCUCGAGCCAGUGUUUGCCGCAUGCUUGACGUAGUUCACUGGGAUUACGCAAGUAACACGAGAUGCGAAUGGCAUGAGGAAAAUGAUAUGUGGUGCUGCGCUCUUGCAAGCUGUAAGAAGAUGACCUACUGCAUAAGCAAAGCCCUGGCAUCUGUUUACGGUAUCACAAUUACAUCUGCGCAUUUGCCGAGCAACGAUGUUGUGAACGACGAGCAUGCUGGGAACGAGAAAAUUAUUGUUCUUGAUGCAAAACGUUUCCAAAAGCAGACUAAUAGGGGUCCGAAGUAUUCCAGCGACUAUCUUGAGAGAAGUCCCUCAGAACCCGGUGGGGUGCACCAGUCCCGAGGAUGCGUUGGGCGCGGACGGGGCAUUCUCAGACUCCUGGAAAGCUUUGCGAUUUCACAGAAUAAAAGCGGAUGAAGCAGCACGCUUAAUACUGGUAUAAACAGUAAAUGUAAGAAUGUUCGUUUGAUAUUGACAUAAUUUCCGGUUUAUAGCACUUGGUAGGAUGGCUACUUGCAGAGGUUUCCUUUGUUGGCAAAAUAAAGCCUAUUACUUGUAAAUAGAAGUGAUUCUAUUGUGUUCUAAAUUAGUGACAAAAGUUUCCAUGUCUUGAUUUUUCUUAGUGUUUUGAUAAAUAAUUUGUGUGCAGACAUUCAGUAUUCCUAUGUAGUUAUUGGUGUGUUUAAAGGAACAUAAUCACAGUAUCACGAAUGUUACAUCCUAGAUUAUCCCUCCACCUCUUGUCGUUUGGUUCUGUAUUAAAAGCAACAU